AUGCGUUCUUUCGUGGGAUUUGGAGCCAUAUGCCUGGCGGCGCCUCUGGUACAAGCCAUCAGCUUGGACGUCAACAGCACUCAGACUCUCACCACAGCAGCACAAACGGUGGCAUCUCGGGUGCUCGACCUUUACUCCAGUAAUAGCACGACUAUCGGACUUUUUGGCGAACCUUACUACUGGUGGGAAUCUGGCCUGGCUUGGGAUACCCUCAUACGAUACUGGGCCUUGACAGGUGAUGCUUCGAACAACGCCAUCGUUGGUGAGAGCUUGAUGUGGCAGGUUGGUUCGAAACUAGAAUACAUGCCAGUCAACCAGACCAAGGGCGAAGGCAAUGAUGAUCAAGCUGCGUGGGCAUUGGCUGCUAUGACUGCUGCUGAGUACGGCUUUCCCAUGCCUUCUGGAAGCGAUGACAAUAUUACGUGGGUUCAGCUUGCUGAGAAUGUCUUCAACGAUCAAGUUGGGCGCUGGGAUGACAGUUCAUGCGGCGGCGGUCUGAGUUGGCAGAUCUUUACGUUCAACAAUGGGUACGAUUACAAGAAUGCUAUGUCGAAUGGCAAUUUCGUUCAGCUGGCUGCUCGUCUAGGACUCUACACCGGCAACGCAACGUACACCGACUGGGCGAGGAAAGCCACGCAAUGGUCACUCGAUACGGGCUUGAUCGCCAACACCAGUACUGGCAAUCCUGGGGCUGUAUAUGACGGCUUCAGCACGACGACCAACUGCUCAGCUUUGAACCACCUGCAAUGGACGGCUGGUGCUGGAACGUAUCUCAGCGGAGCUGCGUACGCAUCUAACGACUCGAGCACUCUUUUCUGGAACAGCGCAGUAUUCGCUCUACUCAUUAACGCCAACAGCACAUUUGCACCCAACGGUACACUCAUCGAGGUUGCCUGCGAAAUGAAUGACAACUGUAGUACGGACCAACUUGCAUUUAAAGGCAUCCUCAUCCGUGGCCUGGCCGCUGUACGAGACUUGACGUACGAUAACAAUCUCACUCAUGGUGCAAACGCGACCGCACCGCAAUCACCUGCUGGUUCAGUUCACGGUCUCGUCAAUGGCAUACUGCAGACUUCUGCCAAGGGGGCAGCGACAGCAUGUUCUGGUGGCGGAUCCGGUACCGACUGCGGCAGCAGCUGGACGAGUGGAAGCUACGAUGGCUCCUCGGGACUUGGGCAAGAACUGAACGCUCUUGAAGUCAUCCUGGCCAAUAUGCCUGCCAAGGCCAUCAAGAAUGUUAAUAGCACUGCUGCAGUGAGCAGCGGUAACGGCACAUCGAGCAGCAGUGGCGGUGGUGGUAGCAACAACAGCUCCACGGGCACAAGCCCGGCGUCAACCAGCAGCUCGAGCGCGGUCCCUAAGACAUCCACUAAUGAAGCGGCUGGAAGACUGCUCUCCACGACUGGUCUCUUGGUGUCUCUGGCAGCUGCCGCUGCUAUGUUUUUAUGA